AUGACAAAAGUGAUAUUCGAGGAUAAAUGGAGCAAAAUAACGCCAGAUCGUUUAUCCAUCAAGUGCUACUAUUUUCCGUUGGGUUCUAACAAAAAUAUAAAUGUCAGUCUGAUCAGAGCGGUUUUCUUCGAAAAGCAAGGUGAACCCGAUCAGUGCUUCAAAGUAAAGGGCUGGGGAAUGUCGUUAAGUCCUUGCUGGUGGGCAUGCGACUUGAGAAGCGCUAUGAAUCUUGCGGAAACUUGUUGGAAAGAUGUACCUGUAAAAUAA